AGAGGAUAGAUCACGGUAAAAGAAGCCAUUUUCAAAAUAUGGCUGCCCCCUGGCAGCAUAAUGGCGUUCCCUCGAUCAAAACAAACAACACAAACUGUCAACGAAAUCGUCAAUAAUAAAAAAAGUCGAGAACGUAUCGUACAAGUACUUGGCAUUCCCAUAAGAAAAUCACGGUAUUGAUUUGGAGCCCACCGGAAGUGCGUACCCACCAGUCUACACGAAGAGAUACCCGUUGCAAAGAUUUUCGACCAACUACUUCGGUGUGUUUCAUUUAAGUUAUCAAAAGGUUCGAAUCUAUAAAAUAAAAAUAUAGGUUAUAGUAAUUUGAAGUUACCUUUAUCGCGAUGGACUUAUCGAAGAUUCCGAAUGACAAAAAAUUAUAUCUUUGUAAAUGGUAUUUUCGUGCUGGGUUUAUUUUUCUACCGUUUCUUUGGGCUGUAAAUGCAGUUUGGUUUGCAAAAGAAGCUUUUAUCGUACCACAUUAUGAAGAACAAAAACAAAUCAAAAGAUAUGUGAUAUUCUCUGCAAUAGGAGCAGUUUUAUGGUUGGCUGGUCUUUUAGCAUGGAUUAUUACAUUUCAAAUACAAAGAGCAUCAUGGGGUGAAUUUGCAGAUUCUAUUAGUUACAUAAUUCCUAUGGGUAUUCCAUAACAGUGUGAUACAAUUAUCUUUAUUUAAUUAUCGAUUAGUAACUAAAGCAAACUCCAACUAAAUUAGCAAAUCAUAGCUAUCAUACAUUUGUCAUUUUUCCUUCAUUGUUUCUAUUUUUAAUGUUAUGCCAGAGAAAGAAAUUGUCUAACACUCCCACUGAUGAAAAAGUAACCCACAAACAGGCUAAUUUAACUGGAAUUUUAUUAUAUUUUUAAUAUACAAAUUUAAAAAAAUUAUUAACUCAUACAACUUAAGUAAAUCACAAUACUCAAUAUUAUGAAAAUACAUUGUUUAUUUUAGUCCACUCAAAGGAAAUGUUUCUAAAACUCAAUAAUAAAUAGGUUUUAGAUAGAAGUACACAGUGCAAUGUUAUAUAUACUUUAUAAUAUUUGAAAAAAAAAACUGAAACUGCAAAUGCAGAUUCGGAAAAUUUAUUUAUUUUCAUAUUUAUCUAUUAUCUGACAUAAGAGAAUGAAAUUAAACAACUCUCCAUCGUUGUCUAUACACUUGUAUAUCUCUGUAAACUAAUCUUGAUAAAAAC